AGUGGGUGGGGUGGGGAGAGAGGAGUUGAAGAAUGUUACAGAGAAAAUAAAUGUCAAGGGACUUCUUGAAGAAAAACGACACCGGCGGCCGCACCGACCUUCGACCUAUUACCCAAAAGGGGUCACGGGAGGCGAGGGCUGCUCGACUCAGCGCGGAGCAAGGGAGUGAAGCGAGGAGAGAGAGGAGUGUGUGUGUGGCGAGUGAGCGAAAGGAGAGGCGCAGACUGGAGGGGCCGACAGCUCCGGUUACCCGUCAGUCAGUCGACGAACCCACGGCCGGCAAGUUCGGGCGUACCCACAGCGACGACAGGCACAACAAGGUACCCGUGUCGCGCCUGCUGCAGCUGCAGUGUCGCAAGGCUGAGCAGCUGACGCACGGAGUGGAACAGUGGGCAGUGUAGGUUCCAGUUGCAGCGGCCAUGGAGGGCACGGACGAAUAUUAUCGCAAGACGGCGGAGGAGACCGCGGAGAUGUUGAAAGUCUACUACAACGACAAUGAGGGAUGGGAGUUGGUCAAGAAGACACCGAAAGACAUUAUCAUUGAGUACAAGCAUUCAACCUGCCCUGGCUUUAACGGCUACCUAUAUCGAGGUCAGAGUGAGUACAACUGCCCUAAAGAAACACUGUUCGAAUAUGUGGACCCACUUCCUGAGCCAUCCCCUCGUCUGAGGUGGGACAAAGCCAUGAAGAAAAUCGAGGUGAUCCGGAGAAUAGACGAGAACUUGAGAAUCAACCACACAGCGACCAACAGUGCUGCCAUGGGGCUGAUAUCUCCACGAGACUUCGUGGACGCCGUAUUGAAGAUUAAAGGGGAGAAAAUCAUCUCCACCAACGGCAUUAGUAUCAUCUGUCCGGAGUGUCCUCCCAAAGACAAAUAUGUACGAGGAUGGAACUACCACUGCGGCCUGAUGUGUAUAGAGAACUCCGAACGACCCCAGCAGACGAAGUUGAUGACUUUCAUUCAACCUGACAUCCGGGGAAUGCUGCCUCGCUCGCUGGUGGAUUCUGCCAUCCCGGGCUCGAUGGUCGACUUCUUCAACAACCUCCGCGCCUGUCUGAAGGCCGACGGGAAGCUGAUAGACUGAGUGGACGACACCAACACCUGUGGGUCUGAGGGACCAAGACAGUGGCAAAGCCUUUUUUUCUUUGGAUGGGUGAUGAUAUUACCACAGCUACACCACAGCUGGUUGACUUUUUUGGAGGCUGCACCGACAGCUGUUUAUCUGUUUACGCCACUGAAAAACUAAGAAAAAAAAAACAAAACAGUUUUGUCAACAAGAAGAAUUAAUGACAGUGUGGCGCAGACGAUUGGCGGUGCGAAGAAUAAUAUGUGUACAGAAAGAUCGGUCAUUUAUCGUUGCAAUAGAUGGAGCGGAAAAGUAUUUUUUAUAUGUAGCCAAAAAAACAUGGCCAAAAUGUUGUUGACAAAUAUCGGGUUGCUGAUUAAUGACCAGUAUUCUCUCUCUUCUUUUUGAAGUCUGAAGUCUUUCGCGGUGUGUAUGUGUUGGGUGUGCUUUGGGUGAGCUUUCGUAUAUAAGUGGAUUGUCUACUCACUUCUCAGAUGAAUCAGCAUUAAAUUUGAGUCCAAUGAUGUCACAGCCUAUUAACAACAGACCCUAGCUGUUACUUCCUCGUAUGUCGAGUUAUGUUCAUAAUUAUACUUUUCUCUUAUGUAUCAGACAUUACAUCGAAUAAAGCAGUAUUUAGUUCUUUCCGUUAUAAUAUUUGUAUACUCUAAUAUUAAUAUCAUUAGUGAUACAACAUAAUUACAGUUGAGCAUUUCCGCAGCAUCGCUACUGGCCCUCUAGAAAAAGUUCUGGCGUAAGACCACAGGACUGGAGGUGGAGCUAACCGGUUUUUCCCCAGAUCGGUUUUUUGUUUCAUCCUAGUGCUGCUAUUCGAGAAAAUGUUGCCUUAGUCAUCGCCAUUGAUUUUUUCCUCAGCAAACUUCAGCCAUUGCCUGGUAAAUCACAAGCAAAUGGAAGUUCGAACAAAAAGGACAAUUGAUUUUAGUUUGGCGGAGUAAUUUUGCGAUUCAUGAGCGGUAUGCAUCAAUUAGAAACAAAGGGAGGGGGUAAAUAGUUUUAGAAAGCUUUUGCACGUAGCUAUCACAGAAAAAAUGUUGAAAACGAUGGAGAGAGAGAAAAAAAAAUGAGUAAGAAUGUGUGUGCGCGUGCGCUCACGAGGGAUAGAAUGUGCGUGUAUUUACUGACAUACCGUAGGUCAGAUUUCAUUCAUUUAAUUCCUUAUCUGCAUAAAUAUCAUUAUCUUCAUUAUCCUCGUCGUCAUCAUCUUCCCUUACCCCUGACUGAGUGUAGGGGCACCUGACGAUUUCACUCCCAGCUCUCGGUUCUAUCUAAGCUGUUAGCAACGGUUAGCACCUGUCACCAAUACAGUGAGGAUUGGCUGUCCUGGGUUCAGAUCUCGCCUCGGGCACUCUGUUCUUUCUCUGUAUGUGGCAUCUGUUUACAGGGCUGGCUGCCUUGCCGUGUUAUAUCUUUAGUUGUUUGCUCGGCGUAAAACACCAAUUGCUCUUAUCUGAAUGCGCCUAAUACAAGGCAAGCCCACUCUUGGAUGUUGUCUCCCUUUUUUUUUAUUUCUAGUUUUAAGUCUCAGUCUGCUAAUAUAUCGUGGUCUGUCUGUAAGCCACGUACGUAUUGUGUCAAUAUUUUUAUGUCUCUUAAUUUCUUUAUGAAAGGAAUAUAAACCUGCUUCUUGUGUGGGGAAAUACACUAUACAA